CAGUGUCUAAAAGCAGGCGUUUCACAAUAAUCUUGUGUAACAGAGGGGAGGAAAUGAGAGCGAACAAACAGAGAGCUGCAGUUAGAGGUGGAGCAACGCAUGACAGAGGACAGCUUCAGCGUCACUCUGAAGAACUGAGACUGAAAGUUUGUCAGGGUGUCAGCCACGCAACGAGUCUGUUUAACUUGAAAAGCUAACAAACCGAGGUUGUCGGAUCUUUCUCAACAACUCGGCAGAUUCUCUGCAAACACUGGUGUAGAUAUGGCUGCUGCAAACUCUCUGCUAUCUGAGGAUCAGUUUCUCUGCGCCAUCUGUCUGGAUGUGUUCAAUGAUCCUGUCACCACAUCAUGUGGACACAACUUCUGCAAAAACUGCAUCACUGAACACUGGAACACCAGCGACCAGUACAAGUGUCCAAUGUGUAAGAAGGUUUUUAACACAAGACCUGAGCUGCACGUCAACACUUUGCUCUCUGGGAUGGUUGGAUACAUCAGACAGUCAGCUCAACUAAAAGCCAGCAGCAGCAGCUCAGAGCUACAAGAGUCCAAACCAGGAGAAGUUCUCUGUGAAGCCUGCACUGGAACCAAACAGAAGGCCCUGAAGUCCUGCUUAGACUGUCUGGUCUCCUACUGUGAGACUCACCUGGAGCCUCAUCUGACAGCUUCACGUCUGAAAAGACACCAGCUGAUCGACCCUGUGGAGAACCUGGAGGACAGGAUGUGUACGAAGCACGAUAAACCUCUGGAGCUGUUCUGUAAGACCGAUCAGACCUGUGUCUGCAUGCUCUGCUCUGUUUUAGACCACCAGACACACAAGCUUGUUCCUCUGAAAGAAGAAUAUGAAGAAAAGAAGGCAGAGCUGGAGGAGACAGAGACUGAAAUUCAGCAGAUGAUCCAGAAAAGACAACUGAAGAUUCAAGAGAUCAAACACUCAGUGGACCUCAGUAAGGACGAUGCAGACAGAGAGAUGGCAGAAGGUGUUCGAGUCUUCACCGCUCUGACAGAGUCCGUCGAGAGCAGUCAAGCAAUAUUUAUCAACACACUCAAAAAGAACCUGAAAAAAACUGAAAAAAGGUCAGCAGCUUUCAUCAAAGAGCUGGAGCAGGAAAUCUGUGAGCUGAUGAAGAGGAGCACUGAGAUUGAGCAGCUCUCACGCUCCGAAGACCACCUCCAUCUAAUCCAGAGAGUCCAGUGCCUCAACAUCAAUAACUCACCACCUAACACUCAACAGAAACGGAGGAUGGACAUUACAGUCUUUCCAUCUUCAUAUGAAUUGACUCUUGCGAGAGCUUUAGGUCAGCUGCAGGAGACUCUCAGUGAAGAGAUGAAGAAAUUGAUUCAAGUUGAGCUGAUGAGAGUCCAGCAGUAUGCUGUGGAUGUAACUCUUGAUCCUGAUACAGCACAUCCUAAACUCAUCCUGUCUGAAGAUGGGAAACAAGUUCAUCAUGGUGAUGCUAAAAAGAAUCUUAAAGAAAAAUUGGAAAGAUUUUCUGACUGCAUUUGUGUUUUAGGAAAGCAGAGUUUCUCUUCAGGCAGAUUUUACUUUGAGGUUCAGGUUAAAGGAAAGACUGAGUGGGAUUUAGGAGUGGUCAGAGAGUCCAUCAACAGGAAGGGACCAAUCACACUGAGUCCUGACGAGGGUUACUGGUCUAUAUGGUUGAGAAAUGGAAAUGAAUAUGAAGCUCUUGAUGACCAGCGUGUUAAUCUCUCUCUGAAGUGUCGUCCUGAGAAGGUGGGGGUGUUUGUGGAUUAUGAGGAGGGUCUGGUCUCCUUUUAUGACGUGGACUCUGCAGCUCUGAUGUACUGCUAUACAGACUGCUCCUUCACUGAGAAACUCUUACCUUACUUCUGUCCCUGUGUUAAUGAUGGAGGUAAAAACUCUGCACCUCUGAUCCUUGUCAAAAACACUGACUAGAGGCCUAAAUUCCUGUACUGAAUUGUGGGUUUCGCGCAAAAAUAUUUACUCUUGCAAGUGUAGCAUUUAUAAUACGGGAUACUCCCGCACAUAGGGCUGCGAGAUUCUGGCCAAAAUGAUAAUCACUAUUAUUUUUCUAUUGUUAAAUGUAAAUCACCUAUUGUCAAGGCUGGACUGAGGACAAAAAACCUGCCCUGACGUUUUUGGCCCUCACCAGUACCUAACAAAACAUGACACCGCAGCAGCAUCUCAUCUAACAGCAUGUCCUAACAGCACGCGAGCAUUAGAUAUUGCGUUGCAUCGCGCAUGAUCACACGAUCGCUGUCCACACUGCAUCUGUUAAAUAUAAAAUACUUGCUCUGUGAAUUUCAGCUUCCCUUAGCAAACAUUAUGACAUGUGGUGCUUUUAUUUUGAAGGUGGACAAACAGAAGAGUGGUGCUUUUAUUUUGAAGGUGGAAAAAACAGAAGUGUGGUGCUUUGUAUUGACGAGCUCAAAUCACAACACAGAUGCUCGUCAAUGAACGGCUCGCAGUGAGGCGAAAAAAGUUUUUCUCUUUUGUUGACUCGGUUCAAAGGUCAACAUUUCAAUCCAGGAUGAGGAUAUUAUUAAUGCACCAUUAUCUCCACUUUGUAAAACAAGCUAACAAGCUCUGCUGAGUGAGGAGAGAGAGUGUCACUGCCUGCUAGAGCCUCCUCCUUACUCGUUCUUUGUCCAUCAACCGAGCGAUAGAGAGGCACAGCGCUGCAUCGCUGUACC